AUGCAACUAAAAACAUCAUCCACAUACGUUCUUCUUCUCCUUCUUCUUCUAAAUCUUUCAAUUACAAAUACUGAAUUAAUUGGAUUAAAAAAACAAUUUAAAUUAUUUGUUAAAAAUGUUGCAUCAACAUUUCAUGAAAAUUGGCGUCGACAUUAUAUAAGUGAACAUCCACAUACAAGAAAUCGUUUUAAAUUAACACAAAAUGGUUCUCAUUAUAAUUCAUCGGAUUUUAUUUAUCCAAUGAUUCUUACUGUUGGUUCAUGUCUUGUUCAUCGAAAUCUUAAAGUAGCACGUGCUCGUUUUAAUUCAUCAAUAACUUAUGUUGAUAUUUUAAAUAUGAAUUAUGAUGAAUUACCUGUUGAUUGGGCUUAUGAAAAUCGAGCGACAGCACAAGUUGCAUGUAGACAAGUUUUACAAAGUAUUCGACAAAAACUGAUAUUUAAUCGAGAUUUAGUCGAAAAAAUAUCGAAAAAAAUUCAUAAUGCUUGGAUUAAACGUAAUGCACAUCGGACAGCAAAAGAAUUACUUUCACCAUAUGAAAAUCUACCGGAAGCUGAAAAAGACAAAGAUCGAAGAGCAUUUUUAAUUGCUUGUCGAUUAUUUAAUGAACUUCAUUUAUAUCAUUAUUUUAAAACAACUCCUAUUCAAUUAACUGAUAUUUCAUUCGAAUAA